AUGGAUUCAAAACGCGACGCUCUUUAUGUCGGUGCUAUGGACCGACUCUUUCGUCUCAACAUGAACAAUAUAAGUGCAUCACAUUGCGAUAGAGACUCUAUUAACUUGGAACCAAGCAAUGUUGCUCAAUGCGUUUCUAAAGGAAAAUCAGAACACUUCGACUGCCGUAACCACGUUCGAGUCAUCCAGCCGAUGGGGGAUGGAUCGAGGCUUUACGUCUGCGGUACCAACGCCCAUAGCCCGAAGGAUUGGGUUUUAUAUUCCAACCUGACGCACCUGCCGCGCCACGAGUACGUGCCGGGAAUAGGGAUGGGCAUAGCGAAGUGCCCCUACGACCCGGCGGACAACUCCACCGCGCUGUGGGUGGAGCGCGGCAACCCUGGCAGCCUGCCCGCCCUCUACUCGGGCACCAACGCCGAGUUCACCAAGGCGGACACGGUGAUCUUCCGCACCGACCUGCACAACUUGACCACCGGCCGACGCGAGUUCUCCUACAAGAGGACCCUCAAAUACGACUCCAAAUGGCUUGACAAACCAAACUUCGUGGGUUCGUUCGACGUUGGCGAGUACGUCCUGUUCUUCUUCCGUGAAACGGCGGUCGAGUACAUCAACUGCGGCAAAGCGGUGUACUCGAGGGUCGCUAGAGUGUGCAAACGGGACACGGGCGGCAAGAACAUUCUCAACCAGAACUGGGCUACUUAUUUGAAAGCGAGGCUCAACUGCAGCAUCCCCGGGGAGUUCCCGUUCUACUUCAACGAGAUUCAGAGCAUUUACAAAGUUCCUGGAGAUGACAGCCGCUUUUACGGUGUGUUCACAACCGCGUCCACCGGUUUGAUGGGGUCGGCAAUCUGCACGUUCACCAUCAGCGACAUCCAGAAAGCUUUCGAGGGGAAAUUCAAGGAGCAAGCCACUUCCAGCUCGGCCUGGCUGCCCGUGAUAAGCAGUAGAGUUCCAGAACCCAGACCUGGCACCUGCGUCAAUGACACCUCGUCGCUGCCGGACACCGUGCUGAAUUUCAUAAGAUCCCACCCAUUGAUGGACAGCGCCGUAUCGCACGAAAACGAGAAGCCGAUAUACUACAAGAGGGAUUUAUUCUUCACGAGGCUUGUGGUUGACCGGGUUAGAGUGGACAUGCUUGGCCACCAAUUGGAGUACACGGUGUACUACGCCGGCACAAAUGAAGGAAAAAUUCAUAAGAUUGUGCAAUGGACUCGAAAUGGUGACAAUCAGUCUGCGCUGUUAGAUAUUUUUGAUGUGACGCCGGGCGAACCAAUCCAGGCGAUGGCGCUAUCUCGCAUCCACGGGUCUUUGUAUGCCGCGUCAGACCGGCGCGUGCUUCAGUUGCGUUUGGCGUUGUGCGCGCGAAGGUACGACGCGUGCGUACGCUGCGCGCGCGACCCCUACUGCGGCUGGGACAGGGACGCUGGCGUCUGCAGGGAAUAUAUGCCCGGAUUAAUACAAGACGUUGCAAAUGAGACUGCGGAUAUCUGCGACUCGUCUAUCUCCCGUAAAACUGUGUCGGCCACUUGGGGGCAGAGUUUACAUCUGGGCAGUUUUGUAAAGAUGCCAGAAGUGCUCCAACCUCGUGCAAUCACAUGGUACCAUUACUCAAAGGAGAAGGGGCGACAUCCUAUUACGUUCAACAAACCAGAGAAAUACAUAGAGACUUCAGAGCACGGAUUACUUAUAAUAUCCGUGAACGAAGGCGACGCUGGCCGUUACGAUUGCUGGCUAGGAGGGUCCUUACUCUGUUCAUACAAUAUUACUGUUGAUACUCAUAGAUGCUCCCCACCAGAAAAGAGCAACGAAUACCAAAAGAUAUAUUCCAAUUGGUGUCACGAAUUCGAAAAAUACAAGACCGCUAUGAAGACGUGGGAACGGAAACAAGAGUCGGUUAACUACUACGCAGGAGCGAUACCAAUACCUUACGUGUCAGCCGGCCUCAAAUAUCUCAAUGUAUUUUCA